AUGCGGAGCCUACCUUUUCUAGUGGCGGCUUCGGUACUCGUCGCACAGCAUCAGUUUGGAACGACCGCCGACGCUUAUCGCAGUUCUGAGCGUAACAUGCGCGCAGACACCACACUAGCCGCAUACAUAAUUUACGGGGGUUCAAUCGAACCGAGGAAGGCGGCCAGAAAUGUGCCGCUCUUCGCGCGGAGACCACACAAGCUGAAGCUCACGGCGGCAGGCCAGUUCAGGAUCAAGCCCAAGACGAACAAGUCGGUCGCAAAACGCUUCAAAAUCACGGGCACCGGCAAAAUCAUGUACAAACGAGCUGGCAGGAGCCACCUCCAGCGAAAGAAGAACCAGGGCGCAAAACGAAGGCUGAGGCGAGCAGUGCAGCUCACGAACCCUAAGAUGAUCAGGAAGAUUCUCAGCGUCCUACACAACAGAUGA